UCAGACGUGUGUUGUCUAUAUAUAACAUGUAUCGAAAUCUUGCAUUGCCUACAAGUUAAUUAGAAACACUUACGAGAGAAAAGCUUCAUUUACUCCCCCCAAGAGGUUCCAUAAAAUGGCCAAGAAAAUCUUGAUGUCGGUAAAUAUGAGGUGCGAAAAAUGUCGCUCAGCAGCUCUUAAGAUCGGAGGCCAAACCACUGGAGUGACUUUUGUGGGGUUAGAAGGAAAAGAAAAAGAUCAAGUGGUGGUGAUCGGUGAAGGAAUCGACGCCGCCGGUUUGGUCCUCCGGCUACGCAAGAAAGUCGGUUUUGCUGACCUUAUUAGCGUCACUGAUGUUGACACUUCCUAGAAUAAAAGCGAAAUCAUAUUUCCCACUUUUGUUGCACUCUUUUUCAGUAAUCAUACCCUUUUUUCUUGGUGAAGUCUGUUUCACACUAAUCUUCUUCUCUUUCGCAUCAUGGCUAUCAUUCCACUGUUUCUUUAUUCAAAUAUUUACUUCUAUAUAU